AUGGCUCACAGGAUUCGGGCCUUUGCCGCGGAUUCUCGUGCCUUGCCCACCGACCGACUUGCCCUUGGCGAUCUCGUUAUCAAUCCCAAGGAGCCUGAUAGGCCACUUACUCGGGUCACAGAGGAGGUGCUGCAGCAAGAGUAUCCAACAGUCGCAUAUGAUCUACCCUACGGACCCGUUAGCGAGUCUAUCGACAAAGCGGACAACUCAAGGCUCCGCUUUACUACACCUUUGCGUGGGCUUCUGUCUUUUGCGGUAUCAUUUAACCGGUCUACCGGCGACAUCCUCGCGUACGAAGCCGACAAAGUUCACAAACGUAUGUUUUUACAGUUUCCAAGCAGAAAGGAGAUCGAAAGACGCCUCAAGGAAGAGGCCGUUCUGGAGUUUCUGAAUGGUGUCUCACGCCCGUUUAUCGGUGGUGGUAGGGCGCUCUACAUGGUAUCUGGUAUUGCCACAGCGACGAACCUAUCCUUCAAGACGACUGAGAUUCAGGACCAAAAACAGUCCCUCCAGCUUGGGUUCGAAGCGACCAAAUUCACGCCCGACCAUCAUUCCAAAUCCUCCAGGGUAUCUGAGGAGGUUGUCCUGGGCUAUCAGCUGCUGCGGAUUGUCAUUCCCUCAUUUGUCUCUAAAGUGUUGCCCACAUUUUCAGGUUGCAACAGACUCCUCUGUAUUCCUGAAGGGCGGGACUGGGACGCACUCGCCCAGUGUCGCGAUCACUACCUCGCUUGUGGACUUGAGGACCAGAGCCUGUCUGUCAAGCUUAGCGGGCGGACGGCCACCACGCGUUCGUGGCUGGCAGGAAACCUGAUCUCUGAGCUCCUCGCCGUCGUUGCUGCUGCAAAGAAGAGAAUAUUAUGUGGCGCUGUUAUGCCCACAGUCCUUCCGCCCUGUGAGCUGCCCGGUAUGCUCGGCCAGCAUUUGGCCAGCCGUGUCCCUUACAACCACGGUUGGGGGUUCUCUCAUCUUGCGUCGCGGUGUCAGUUGCUGUAUCAGACUAGCGCGCUUCGCGAUCCAGGCUUGCGUCUUCUGUUUCAUGGUACGGGGAUACGGCAAAUAUAUGCUGAAGGUCUCAGAGCCCCGACCAGCGGACUCAGCAUCAGAGACCGAGAUGGGUUCUCCCAGAUUGGCACUGUUGACUCUCGGCCGUAUGCUCAAGGGAUCCUGCUGUGUCGUUCUCUGACGAAUGUUAAUAGUAGCCGCCAUUCCUUAAGGUCGAUCCGUUUGACAUGGCUUUGCGGUUGUGAAGAUGAAGCAGAUGGGAGAGUAAACUGA